AUGUCCCUAAAACCACCCCUCCUCCAAAAUCAACAACCACAAGGCGACGAAGCCUACGAUUUCGACCUGACUAUUCGCUUCUCUGCCUCCCUUCCUGACCUCUUACUUUCGAUCCCUGCUUCCCUGAAUGCAAAUACAGCGACAAUAAAGCAGCUCAUUCGUUCACGCAUCCCAGAUGAACACGCCAAACACCGCAUUCGAUUGAUCCAUGCAGGAAAGGCCCUCGUGGACGAUGUCCCGCUCUCCGUUUCGUUAAAAAGGAACGUCUCCAGACCGCCGAGUCGGAUUGGCACCCCCGGGCCACACGAUGACAGACCAAAUGGCGCAGCGGGUGGGAUUCCGGGCGGCGGGAGAGUAGACAAUGGGAAAGGCAAACAGCCUGUACGGGAUCCCCCGUCGCAGUCAAGAAUCUACAUCCACUGUUCGAUAGGAGACAUUGUCCUCUCCGCCGCAGAGCUUGCAGCCGAAGCCGCCAUCGCUGCUGCAGCUCAACCGAGAGAGGAUCAAGAUGAGGACAAAGCGGGCGCCCCAAACCAGCAGACUACAACCACACCAGCACCUCGCGGCUUCGACCGCCUCCUCAACUCUGGCUUCAGCGCCGCCGAGGUGCAAUCCUUGAGGCUUCAAUUCCUCGCUAUCCAAGCACACACACAUACUCCCGACACCAUGCCGUCGCCCAACACGUUACGGAAUAUGGAAGAUCGCUGGCUCGAUAACUCCACGGGCGCAAAUACCGAUCUAGGCAUGGAAAUAGGCCCAGGAGGCUCUGCUGGGAUUGGUGACGAGGAUGUUUCAGCCGGAGCUCUGGAUGACAUUAUCUGGGGCACGGCUAUGGGAUUCUUUUGGCCUAUCGGAUGUCUCAUGUGGGGAGUGCGCGAGGAAGGCAUAUGGAGCCAGCGACGCAAAAUGGCGGUGAUUGUAGGAUUUCUACUGAAUAUUGGAUUGGGCAUUAUCAGAUAUACAGGUUGA